CAGAAAGAUGACACUGACAUGAAAAGUGGCAGUAGUGAGUGAUAGUUGUGUCAAAACAAAACUUGAAAAAGUUCUGUGUGUUGGUUUUUUUAUCAAAAAAUCCCAACAAAUAACGGUAUCUUUGUUAAUUAAUUAACAAUUUCCUAACAUAAAGAAUUCCCAGUAACAAAAUGGAAUAAGUCGUACACCAAUAACCAUUCAUAGCCUUCACUUUCCCCAUCAAUCUGUUACCUUAACCUCAAACUAAACCAACCAAAAACAAAAAAAAAAAAAUGAGUAGGCAAAGAAAAAACCCUGGCCCCAUCCCCAAUAGGUGGCUUCAUUGUCCGAGAAAAGCUGACCAUUUAAUAAUGGGCAAAUUUAUGGCCCUGAAAACACCGUUGGGUCCAGAGUUUGAUAGCCAAGUUGCAGCAGAAUGUAGGUUUCAUCCUAAGAUGUUUUUCGAUAUUUGCAAAGCCAAAAAGAUUAAAAUUGGUUUAUGGGUAGAUCUGACCAACACCAACAGGUUUUACGAUAAAACUGAGGUCGAGGAACACUGUAAAUACGUCAAACUACAAUGCAGAGGUCACGGAGAGACACCUUCCAGAGAACAGACAAACAUAUUUAUACAAUUAAUCCAUAAUUUUAUUUCGCAAAACCCAUUACAACAAAUAGCUGUCCAUUGUACUCAUGGAUUUAAUAGGUCUGGAUUUUUGAUUGUUAGCUAUUUAGUUGAAAAAAUGGAUUUCGCUCUGGAUGUUGCUUUGCAAACUUUUGCAGAAGCAAGACCUGUGGGAAUUUACAAGCAAGAUUAUUUAAAUGAAUUAUAUAAUCGUUACGAUGAUAUAGAAGAUACACCUCCAGCACCAAAUUUGCCCGAUUGGUGUUUAGAAAGCGACGAUGGCCCUGACGAAGGUGAUAAUUUGGAAAAUGGCAACUCAGAGUCAUCAGCAUCGACUUCUUCUUUAGAUUCUGAAAAUAAUUCUAGUAGUAAAAAACCAAGAGGGCGGCGUAAUAAAAAUGCAACUCAGGAGUUUAUGGUCGGCGUUCAAAAAGUGCAUUAUUUCGAUGAACAACCAAAAGCGUUCCACUUGCAGAGGAAAGUGCAGACUAUGUGUGGUUGGUCACAAAAAGAUUUUCCUGGGUGUCAACCUGUUUCAAUGGAUAAAAAUAAUAUAAUUCUCUUACAUCAAAAAGCUUAUAGAGUUUCAUGGAAAGCUGAUGGCACAAGGUACAUGAUGCUUAUAGAUGGAGAAGACGAAGUAUAUUUUUUUGAUAGAAAUCAUACUGUUUUUAAAGUAGAUGGACUUAGAUUUGUACAUAGAAAGGACUUAAGAAGACAUGUGAAAGAUACUUUAUUAGAUGGGGAAAUGGUGAUAGACAAAGUGGAUGGUGAAGACAUUCCUCGUUAUCUGGCCUAUGACAUAAUAAGAUUUGAAGGACAAGAUGUGGGAAAAAUGCCUUUUUAUCCUACCAGGCUUCAGUAUUUAGAGUACGAAAUAAUCAAGCCUCGUUACGCAGCUAUGGAACAAAUGCUCAUCAAUAAAACAUCGGAACCUUUUAGUGUUAGAAAAAAAGAUUUUUGGCCAAUUACUCAAGCCAUUAAUCUUUUAGGUGAAAAAUUCGCUAAAAGCCUCAGUCAUGAACCUGACGGUUUAAUUUUUCAACCAUCAAAACAGCCUUAUAUUGCCGGUAGAUGUGACGAAGUCCUAAAAUGGAAGCCUUUAGACAUGAAUUCAGUAGAUUUUCGAUUGCAAAUAGCUAGGGAGGGUGGUGAGGGCAUUGUGGCUGAGAAAAAAGGCUAUCUAUACGUCGGUCAAUUUGAUCCACCUUUUGCAAAAAUGAAAUACACUAAAGCCCUAAAGGAUCUCAAUGGAAAAAUUAUAGAAUGCAAAUUUGAGGACAAUCAAUGGAAGUUUAUGAGGGAAAGGACUGAUAAAACGUAUCCCAACAGUUAUAAUACUGCUAAAGCUGUCUGUGGUAGUAUAGUUGAUCCAAUAACAAAAGAAAAACUAAUAGAUUACAUACAGCAAUAUGGUUAUAAUGACGAUGCGGAUAUGAUGCCGCCACCAACGAAAAAAAUCAGACGGUGACUUUUAGGAAAUUAAUUUUUAUUUUGUUUGCACCACCUCGUCUGGAUUACUCUAUUGUGUUCGAAUGUGUCGGUGCGAGCAUCCGUUAACUAUUUAUUUUUUAUGUUAUUUUUGUAUGUUACAAAUGAACAAUUAACUUAAUUAUGAAUAAAAUAAAUAAACAAUUAUUAUUAUAAUUGAUAAAUGAUGGCAAAAAUUGUUGGUA